AUACUUUAGAGACCACCGAAUAUUUCCAUCAAAAAAAAGAAACCACCGAAUGUGCACCCAAUAAAGGGCAACAUGUUCAUAGAAACGAUAAAAUUUGCCCCCACCUAAAGGUCAUAUAGUUCCAAUAUUUAGUUCAUACCUAUCUUUCUUAUAAGUACAACACAAAUCUCCUUCCAAGUUCCAAUCCAAUCAGUCUCAAACUUCAAUCAGCCUGUUUUUCUGUUUUUUGUUCUUACUCUGUUUCUUGUACCAUGGAGUUGAUUUCGGGUCUUCCCGAAGACAUAGCUCGUGAUUGUCUAAUUCGUGUUUCAUAUGAGCAAUUCAAAACGGUUUCAUCAGUUUGUAAAAGAUGGAUGAAAGAGGUUGAGCUCCCUGAGUUUCAUCGGCUAAGGAAAUCCACCGGUCAUGGCCAAAAAGUUAUUGUGAUGGCUCAAGCCCGAGUUGAACCAGACUGGAGUUUUGGUCUUAUGAAGUGUAUGAUUCACCCUGCUUAUAGGCUUACUGUAUAUGAAUCUGAUACAUGUAAUUGGAGGGAGUUGCCCCUAGCUCCUAGUAUGUCUAGUGGGCUGCCCAUGUUUUGUCAAUUGGCAGGGGUUGGGUCGGAUUUGGUGGUGAUGGGUGGGUGGAAUCCGGAGACGUGGCGGGUCUCCAAUUCGGUGUUCAUCUACAACCUCGUGUCCGCCACGUGGAGGUGUGGGGUCGACAUGCCAGGCGGGCCCCGGACAUUCUUCGGGUGCGUGUCUGAUCAAGAUGGGAUGGUUUAUGUCGCAGGUGGACACAACGAUGACAAGGUGGCAUUGAGAUCCGCGAUGGUGUAUGACGUGGCAAAAGAUGAGUGGGCUGCGUUACCUGACAUGGCAAUGGGGCGUGACGAGUGCAAGGCGAUAUUCCAUGCUGGCAAGUUCCACGUCAUCGGUGGUUACUAUACUGAAAAGCAAGGCCGGUUUGAGAGAAGUACUGAAGCGUUUGAUGUUGCCACGUGGCAGUGGGGCCACGUCAAAGAGGACUUCUUAGAAGAUGGCAUGUGUCCCAGGACUUGCGUGGAUGGUGAUGACGAGGCAGUAUACAUGUGUAAGGGAGAUGAUAUUGUGACAAAGGAAGGUUCCACGUGGCAAUCGAUAGCCAAAUUACCUGCUGAGUUGUGCAAUAUUGCCUAUGUGGCGACAUGUCAUGGCAAGUUGUUAGUGAUUGGAUCUCCAGGGUUUAGUCAGCCCAACAUCGCUUACAAUUUGGAAUUGGAGACUAAUACAUGGACAAGAUUAGAGACCCCUAUUAAAUUCUCUGGGCAUGUUCAAUCAGGGUGUUACUUGGAGAUUUAACUCUCAAAAUUUUUGUUACAUAUGCCUUUGUUUUUGUGUUUUUGUUUCUGUUUUUACUUGUAUAUAAAUGACAGUUGAAGCUAAUAUAGUUUUCUUUUCUUA